CGUCAUGGUUACGCCGCAGCGCCCAGCCCUUCCCCCAGCCGGCUGUGCUCUCUUCUCCCCUCCUGGACCCCUCCUACCGCCGCGCCCCCAGCCCCGCGCCACGUGACUGUCGGGAAAGGAGAUCCGCAGGGGAGGGGGAGCUGUGGCCGUAACCUCUUCCACUCGGCUUGUGGUGGUGCGGUCACUGGUGGCCCGGCGGUCCAGCAGGUGGGCCGAGAGCAUGCGAGAGCCCCAGCCUUGGGACCGCGGGCCCGCUGCUCAGCACACCUGGCUCCAGAGGCCAUGGCUUGCCUCCAUGAGACCCGAACACCUUCCCCUUCCUUUGGGGGUUUUGUGUCUACUCUGAGUGAGGCUUCCAUGCGCAAGCUGGAUGCAGACACUUCAGACUGCACCCCGGAGAAGGACCUGACUCCUACCCAAUGUGUACUUCGAGACGUUGUGCCUCUGGGUGGACAGGGUGGGGGAGGGCCCAGCCCCUCCCCAGGUGGAGAGCCUCCCCCAGAGCCUUUUGCCAAUAGUGUGCUGCAGCUACAUGAGCAGGAUACAGGCGGGCCAGGGGGAGCUACUGGGUCACCUGAGAGUCGAGCAUCCAGAGUUCGAGCUGAUGAGGUGCGACUGCAGUGCCAGAGUGGCAGUGGCUUCCUUGAAGGUCUCUUUGGCUGCCUGCGCCCUGUCUGGACAAUGAUUGGCAAAGCCUACUCCACAGAACACAAGCAACAGCAGGAAGAUCUUUGGGAAGUCCCCUUUGAGGAAAUCCUGGACCUGCAGUGGGUAGGCUCAGGGGCUCAGGGUGCUGUUUUCCUGGGUCGCUUCCAUGGGGAGGAAGUGGCUGUGAAGAAGGUUCGAGACCUCAAGGAGACCGACAUCAAGCAUCUGCGAAAGCUGAAGCACCCCAACAUCAUCACUUUCAAGGGUGUUUGCACACAGGCUCCCUGCUACUGCAUCCUUAUGGAAUUCUGCGCCCAAGGCCAGCUAUAUGAGGUGCUCAGGGCUGGCCGCCCUGUCACGCCUUCCUUGCUGGUUGACUGGUCUAUGGGCAUCGCUGGUGGCAUGAAUUACCUGCACCUGCACAAGAUCAUCCACAGAGACCUUAAAUCCCCCAACAUGCUAAUCACAUACGACGAUGUAGUGAAGAUCUCAGAUUUUGGCACUUCCAAGGAGCUGAGUGACAAGAGCACGAAGAUGUCCUUUGCAGGGACAGUGGCCUGGAUGGCCCCUGAGGUGAUACGCAAUGAGCCUGUGUCUGAGAAGGUUGACAUCUGGUCCUUUGGGGUGGUGCUAUGGGAACUACUGACUGGAGAGAUUCCCUACAAAGACGUAGACUCCUCAGCCAUCAUCUGGGGUGUAGGAAGCAACAGUCUCCACCUGCCUGUGCCCUCCAGCUGCCCAGAUGGCUUUAAAAUUCUGCUUCGCCAGUGCUGGAAUAGCAAACCACGAAACCGCCCAUCAUUCCGACAGAUCUUACUUCACCUGGACAUCGCCUCAGCGGAUGUGCUCUCCACACCCCAAGAAACUUACUUUAAGUCCCAGGCAGAGUGGCGGGAAGAAGUGAAACUGCACUUUGAAAAGAUUAAGUCAGAAGGAACGUGUCUGCACCGCCUCGAGGAGGAGCUGGUGAUGCGAAGAAGGGAGGAGCUCAGGCAUGCCCUGGACAUCAGGGAGCACUACGAACGGAAGCUGGAAAGAGCCAACAACCUGUACAUGGAACUGAACGCCCUCAUGUUGCAGCUGGAACUCAAAGAAAGGGAGCUGCUCAGGAGAGAGCAGGCUUUGGAAAGGAGGUGUCCAGGUCUCCUGAAGUCACACCCUUCCCGAGGGCUCCUACAUGGAAACACGAUGGAGAAGCUUAUCAAGAAAAGGAAUGUGCCACAGAAACUGUCACCCCACAGCAAAAGGCCAGAUAUUCUCAAGACAGAGUCUUUGCUACCUAAACUAGAUGCAGCCCUAAGUGGAGUCGGGCUUCCUGGGUGUCCUAAGGGCCCCCCUUCGCCAGGAAGGAGUCGUCGUGGCAAGACCCGUCACCGAAAAGCCAGUGCCAAGGGCAGCUGUGGAGACCUGCCUGGGCUUCGAGCAACUUUGCCACCCCAUGAGCCUGGAGGACUAGGAAGCCCAGGGGGCCUAGGAGUGGGCCCUUCAGCUUGGGAUGCCUGCCCCCCUGCUCUCCGUGGACUCCACCAUGACCUUCUACUGCGAAAGAUGUCAUCAUCAUCCCCAGAUCUUCUAUCAGCAGCACUGGGAGCCCGAGGCCGAGGAGCCACAGGGGGAGCUCGGGAUCCUGGCUCACCUCCUCCACCCCAGGGCGAUACUCCUCCAAGUGAGGGAUCGGCUCCUGGUUCCACCAGCCCAGACUCACCUGGGGGGGCCAAAGGGGAACCACCUCCACCAGUAGGACCUGGUGAAGGUGUGGGGCUGCUGGGAACUGGAAGGGAAGGGACUGCAGGCCGGGGAGGAAGCCGGGCUGGGUCCCAGCACUUGACCCCAGCUGCACUGCUGUACAGGGCUGCUGUGACUCGAAGUCAGAAACGUGGUAUCUCAUCUGAAGAGGAGGAAGGAGAGGUGGACAGUGAAGUUGAGUUGCCCCCAAGUCAGAGGUGGCCUCAGGGCCCGAACAUGCGUCAGUCACUAUCUACCUUCAGCUCAGAGAACCCAUCAGAUGUGGAGGAAGGUACAGCUAGUGAGCCUUCUCCCAGCGGUACACCAGAAGUUGGCAGUACCAACACCGAUGAACGGCCAGAUGAAAGGUCUGAUGACAUGUGCUCCCAGGGCUCAGAAAUCCCACUGGACCCACCUGCUUCAGAGGUGGUCCCUGACCCUGAAACCAGCUCCUUGCCCAUUCAACACCAGGAUCUACUCAGAGGUGAGCAGGGCCCCAAUCCUGAGGACUCAGACUGUGACAGCACUGAAUUGGACAACUCCAACAGCAUUGAUGCCUUGCGGCCCCCAGCCUCCCUUCCUCCAUGAAAGACACUCUUAUUCCUUGUACAUAGAGAAAUAUUUAUAUAAAUAAUAUAUAUGCGCCACAUAAUCAACAGAUAGAUGGGGCUUUCUUAGCCUUAAGUCAGGCUUGAUAAUGAAGGACCCCCCCCUGACCAACUACCGAGUAAGUUCUAGGGACUCUGGCAGCUGUAGAACUGAAUGAUUCCAAGUAACACCCUAGAGCUACAAGGAAAGUAAACUGGUCCCUUCUUGCUUCACACCAUUCCUUAUGUUCAGCAAGCAACUAGGCAAUAGAAAAGCCAGGCUUGUCUCUACACUGUCUACCCCUUUAAACACUGGGUGGGGGGGGAGGGCAGGAGAGGAUCCACUUAAGACUGCACUUUUACUUUCCGUUUACUGUUUACACAUUUUGCACUUGGGAAGAGGAAAACUAAGGCUGGGUCCUCCCCCCUCUGAGGUCUCUCAGGUGGCAAUGUAACCCAUUUCUUUGUCCCUGUUUCUCUGCCCCAGCCCUGGCUUAGGGCCCAGAGGCAAGUUAGAAGACUGAUAGCAUGUGACGGCUCAGGCUGAAGAGAUGAGAACUGGGGUGCUGCUGUCUAAGUCCCUACUGUUAUCCUGUGCCUGGUAGGGUGGGGACUGUCAUAUUGUAACCCCUGUGAAAAACCUUGAAAUAUAACCACUCCAUGCAGGCCCA